GCAAAAUGCAAGAGGACCACAUGCGUGCGCGUGAUUCUCCGUCGCCGCCGCCGGCCCCCCGAUCAUUUAUUGCAAAUGAAAAAGUGGAAGAGCUCAUAGAUGAAGUGUCAAAAAGGCCAGCGCUAUACAAAAAAGAUAUGAAGCAAUACUCUGACAUUAAUGUUAAAAAAAAAUUAUGGGAGGAAGUGUGCGAAGCACUAAUAAGCAAUUGGGGAAAACUCAGUGCGAAUGAAAGAAAAGAUCAAGGUCAUGACAUCAAAAAAAAAAAAAAUGGAACAAUUUGCGGAGCUGCUUCGCUAGAGAACUUAAAGCUCAAAAGUCUGUUAAAUCUGGACAAGCAGCUCCUAAACGACGACCAUAUGUUUACUUUGAGCGCAUGUUGUUUUUGGCCCCUUGUAUGCAAUCACGGGCUACUGAAGGCAGUAUUGAAAGUGAAUCAAACCAAGAUGACGCUGAUUUAUCAGAAGAAGCACAAUCACAGCCGCAACGAAAACGAAAAACUAAACAAAGCGACUAUGAUGAACAAGUAUUAA